UUUUACCAUCACAGAAUACUCCAAAAUUCAAACAAAGCUCAAAAGGUUCUCAAAAUAUUUUUCCCUCUCAAAACUCAGAAAUUUUGAUCUCGUCAAUUUUUCAAGAACAUAUAAUGGAAUCUGCAAAGACAACAAUUACGAAGGGUGCCGGAGGCCGAAAGGGUGGCGAAAGGAAGAAGUCCGUACCCAAAUCGGUGAAGGCUGGGCUGCAAUUUCCGGUGGGUCGAAUCGCUCGUUUCCUCAAAAAGGGCCGGUACGCUCAGCGAGUUGGUAUCGGAGCCCCGAUUUACAUGGCUGCUGUGCUUGAAUACCUCGCUGCUGAGGUGUUGGAAUUGGCUGGAAAUGCUGCACGGGACAACAAGAAGAGUCGAAUUAUUCCGAGGCAUGUGCAAUUGGCUGUAAGGAACGAUGAAGAACUGGGAAAAUUGCUGCACGGUGUAACAAUUGUAAGCGGUGGAGUUUUGCCAAAUAUUAACCCGGUUCUUCUGCCAAAAAAAUCCAAUGAGUCCGAGGAUAAGUCCGCCAAGUCCCCAAAGGCUUCCAAAUCUCCAAAAAAAGCUUAGAUUUCUAGCAGUUCGACUAUGUCUUUCUGUUUUUGCGAAUGUAGAAAUUUAGAUUUUAAUGAAAAAUGCUUUGCCAUUUGUGUUGGUGCACUUCA